AAUGGGAAAGCGUUUCGUGUAGGUCACCUCCUGAGGCGGUGGCGCCAGUCCCUGAACGCCCGCCCGUGGGGAGUAGGCAGUGGAGGGACGCGGCGGCCGCGGCGGAGGUGGGAGCGCUCGGUGGCCGGGGAAGCCGCAGCAGGGCGCGCGACGGCCCCUGGAGACCGCGGAGGCCGGGGAUAUUAGAAAUGGCUACUCCCCAGUCAGUCUUCAUCUUUGCAAUCUGCAUUUUAAUGAUAACAGAGUUAAUUCUGGCCUCAAAAAGCUACUAUGAUAUCUUAGGCGUGCCAAAAUCAGCAUCAGAGCGCCAGAUCAAGAAAGCCUUUCACAAACUGGCCAUGAAGUAUCACCCUGACAAAAAUAAGAACCCCGAUGCUGAAGCAAAGUUCCGAGAGAUUGCAGAAGCAUAUGAAACACUCUCAGAUGCUAGUAGGCGAAAGGAGUACGAUACACUGGGACACAGUGCUUUCACUGAUGGUAAAGGACAAAGAGGUAGUGGAAGUCCUUUUGAGCAGUCCUUUAAUUUUAAUUUUGAUGACUUAUUUAAAGACUUUAGUAUUUUUGGUCAAAACCAAAACUCUCGAUCUAAGAAGCAUUUUGAAAAUCACUUCCAGACACGGCAAGAUGGUUCUAGUAGACAGAGGCAUCAUUUCCAGGAGUUUUCUUUUGGAGGUGGAUUGUUUGAUGACAUGUUUGAAGAUAUGGAGAAAAUGUUUUCUUUUAGUGGCUUUGACUCCACCAAUCGGCACACAGUACAGACUGAAAAUAGAUUUCAUGGAUCUAGCAAGCACUGCAGGACUGUCACUCAGCGAAGAGGAAAUAUGGUCACUACGUACACUGACUGUUCAGGACAGUAGUUCCUUCUUUUGCUGUUCUUACUAAACCCACCUGGUUGACUCUUCCUUAGUAUCUAUGAUGAAAGGUUUUCUCUGAAAUAUUUUGACAAAUGCAUGAUUUUACUCAGAAAUUUGAUAUUACUAUUAUAUAUUUAAUUUUUUGACAGAUUCAGAAACAUUAAGCUAGUGAUUUAGACAAAAAUUAAUUAUUUCUUGAUUAGGAAAGGUCCUUUAAAAAAAGAUACUAUUCGGCUGGUUUUUUUCCCCAUGUGUCCUUAAAAAAAGAGAAAAAAACGAUUGAGUUUGCUUGAUAAGUAGAUUUAACCUUAAAAUUUAUUGUGUGAACUUGAAUGAUUUUUUACAGUGAAACCUUUGCUAAUUUAAAAUUGCAUGCCCUGGCAUCUGUGAUUUGGAUUGCUAAAUAUAUGUGACAGUGUGUAAUUGAGUCAGCAAAGGAGAGCAUUCAGUGGUUAAUUGCCACAGAAAGCUUUAAAAAGGGAUGGUCUGGUGUUUACCACAGAACCCUGUCUUGCCACAGAAUUGGUUGCAGGAAAUGAUGAUAUUGCUGUUGGUCAACUAAGGUGAAAAAAGAAAACUUCCAAAAUAUUGCCAAGAGAUUGUUACGUGUUUAGUCCCUGGCUAGUGAUUGAUUUUAUAGAGUUGAAAUCAUAGCUACUUAACAAAUCUUUUCACAUUUCUGUCUUAGUUGUUGUCAUUCUAGGUAUUAAUACGAAUUUAUGUGGGUUUAUGUGUGUAUGUGUAAUUCCUCCUCUGCAUUUAUCUUUAUCUAGAGAUUGACUAAUACCUCAUUCUGUUUGUAAAACCAGCCAGUAAUUUUUGUGCAACCUUAUUAUGUGCAAUAUUUUUAAAUCCUAAGAAAUGUGUGCUUUUGUUUUCAGAUAAAACUUACUUAGUUCUGCACUUUCCACAUUAUGCUCCAUAUGAGUAUUAAUCCUAGGGAUACAUAUUAAAACUAGUAAUGUCUCAUAUAAUGUUGUGCGUGAGGGGGAGAAAUAUAAGUAUUUACAAGCCGAUAGUCUCUGGUGUCAUUUUAUUAAAAUUUUAUUAUGUACAUCUGGAGGCAUAGAGGAUAUGUAUGUAGUAGGUCAUAUGCUGAUCAUAAGCUGUAUUUCUUGUAAAGUUAACUUUUUUCUAAUCUGAAAACCUUGAUAGGAUCUUGCUUUGUUUUCAUUUGGUAAUUUGUAUUGCUGUCUCAUAUUCCUCCUUUCACAAAUUUUGGUAGCUUGAAGAUUUUUAUUAAGUAUAAUAUGUUCGCAGAGCAAGGAUUCUGACACCAGUUCUUUCCUAAUUAGGCCUAGUUGGGAAAACAGAGACCAGGCAUAGAGCUGUAAUCCUUAAUCAACGUUAAUUUGAGAACUUAUUUUUCUUUGUUGCAGUGUUGGGGAUUGAACCCAGGAACUCAUGCAUGCUAGGCAAAUGCUGCUCUAUUGAACUUACCCCAGCCUUUAAUUUGAGAAUUGUUAAGAAAAAUGAACUUACUACAUUUAUGUAUCUUACUUAUUUCUUGAAACUUAUAACCUACUACUUUUGUUUGAUAAUUUAAAAAAAUAGCUGUAGGUUUUAUUUUGGGCUAAGGAUCUGUUUAAUAUAGUCCAUUAAACAGGACAAAUGAGAACCAGUCCCCUCCCCCCUGCAAAAGGGGGUCUCAUUUUCAAAUCAGGAUUAUCUUUAACGCAUUCCUGCUGGCUUGAAAUGCCAGUGAUAUGGGCAUGACUGUCUCAUUGAGUGGUACAGCUGCCGGAUGAGACAGUCAUGCAUGUAUGGCCCCAUCAUAAACAUAUUAAGGAUUCGUUACCUUUUUUUUGGUACUGGGAAUUGAACUUAGGACCUUGCACUUGCCUGGCAGACGUUGUGCCACUGAGCUUUAUUCCCAGCCCAGGCCCGGAUUCAUUACUUUUACAUUGUUAUCAUAUGUCUUCCUUUUUCUCCAAAGCCUGUCUUAUUUUCCUCUUUCCCCUGAAUAUAUAAACUUAAGAUACAAUGAAAUAUCAAGAAAUGGACUUAAGUAAUAAUCUUUGGGGUGUGUGUGUGUGAGUAGUUUGGCAUGUUGUUGGACAUUAGUAAUCAACACGUUUUCUAAGUAACUUAUUUGUACAGAUUGAAUGUCCAAAGAUGGAGAACCUACAUUUGAAGAAAUGAACAAUAAAAUAGCAGACUUAUACCACCUACACAAA